AUGGCGUCCAUGGGACUACAAGUGCUGGGAAUCGCCUUGGCGGUCCUGGGCUGGCUGGGCGCUAUUCUGAGCUGUGCGCUCCCCAUGUGGCGGGUGACCGCCUUCAUCGGCAGCAACAUCGUCACGGCGCAGACCAGCUGGGAGGGCCUGUGGAUGAACUGCGUGGUGCAGAGCACCGGCCAGAUGCAGUGCAAGGUGUACGACUCGCUGCUGGCCCUGCCGCAGGACCUGCAGGCCGCCCGAGCCCUCAUGGUCGUCUGCAUCCUCGUGGCAGCGGUGGGGAUGCUUCUCUCAGUGGUAGGGGGCAAGUGCACCAACUGCAUGGAAGACGAGACCACCAAGGCCAAGACCAUGAUCGGAGCCGGCGCGGUGUUCAUCGUGGCAGCCUUGCUGGCUAUGGUGCCUAUAUCUUGGACCGCACACAACGUCAUCCGCGACUUCUACAAUCCGCUGGUAGUUGCCGGGCAGAAAAGGGAGAUGGGAGCUUCGCUUUACAUCGGCUGGGCAGCCUCCGGGCUGCUGCUCCUGGGAGGAGGCCUGCUCUGUUGCAGCUGCCCACCUCGUAGCAACGACAAGCCCUACUCCGCUAAGUACUCCGCCGCCCGCUCUGCUCCCGCCAGCAACUAUGUGUAA